GUUUGGCGCCUGCGCCACGCCGUAGUCACAGCCGUUGCCAUGGCGACGGGCCCAGCGGCCUGAGCCCGCGGAGGCGCCCGGGAGCUGCGGCGCCGGCCCGAGCGGGGCCCGCCGCCCGCCGGGCAUGAGGCGCGAGCGGGGCCGCCCGGAGCCGCCUCUGCGGGGAGAAGAUGAACAUCUGCAAACCUCCCAAUAAGACAGCUCCAGAGAAUUUGGGUGAAGCUGUUCCUGAGGUCCAGGCCCAACGCGCUCGAAGGAAUGGCUGGAGCUGGCCUCCACAUCCCUUCCAGAUUGUCGCCUGGUUGUUGUACCUCUUCUUUGCACUCGUUGGCUUUGGAAUUCUGGUUCCUCUUCUGCCCCUCCACUGGCUGCCUGCUGGCUAUAUUUAUUCUGUAUGGACUAAGAGAUGUGGACCUGUGCCAACAGUCUGCUCAUGGGGUCAGAUUCUGGUAAGUAAAGUCUCCAUUGAUCCUGCGGAUACCAAUGUGCGAAAAAAAAACUAUCUGGGGCCUCUGGCCACCUUCAAUCGUAAUCAGCAUGCACAUGUCAUUGAAAACCGUCAUUGCCAUGUCUGUGAUGUAGAUGUGAGUGCCAAGUCAAAGCACUGCGGAACUUGCAACAAGUGUGUGUGUGGCUUUGAUCACCACUGCAAAUGGCUCAACAACUGUGUGGGGAAGAGGAAUUACUGGCUCUUUUUGAAUAGUGUGCUGUCUGCCAUUCUGGGCCUUGGCCUUCUGCUGCUCGUGGCUUUCUACAUCUUUGUGGAGUUCUUCAUUAAUCCCAUGAUGCUUCGCUCCGACCAGCAGUUUGAAGUUCUAAAGAACCACACAGACGUCUGGUUUGUGUUUCUUCCUGCAGCUCCUGUUGAGACUCAGGCACCUGCCAUUUUGGUCUCAGCUGGGAUUUUUAUUCUUCUGAGCCUAAUGACCGUGUUCCUGCUAGGCCACCUCUUGACCUUUCACAUCUAUCUUAUGUGGAACAAAUUGACUACGUAUGAGUACAUUCUGCAGCAGCGUCCCCAACAAGAGGUGAAGGAGGUAGACAAACAGCUGGAGUCUUGUCCCUCCCAAGUGAGACCCAGUCAGGAAGCAGACUUUUUUUCAGGUAACCCUGGCUAUACAGACCCUGAUAUUCAGGUGGAGGACUCUCCAGCCGUAACUUCAGGAAAAGACUUUUCAAGGCUCUAUGUCCACAAUGAUGAAGCAGAUCCUGAGCAGAGCUCUUCUCCUGACCUCCUUUCUCCUCAGUCUGCAAUCCCUUCUCAGCAACAAAAAAAAAGAAGAAAGAAGAAGAUGCAUAAAGCUCCUUCCUCAGCAAUGGACAGCAGAUCUAAAACACACACUAGACCGUGGCCCUCUUUCCCAGAUCCCCAGUCAGAGUUCCUGGCCUCAGCUGCAGCCACCUCAUCUUCCCACAGCCGUCACCUCUUAGUGCCAGCUUUCCCUUUGAGAGCUGCUUUUCCCCCUGGCAGCAUCGGCCCCAUCCAAGCAGCGGGACCCCCUGCUGACUAUCACUCAGAGUCUGCCGAGUCCAUGGAUGAGAUUCCGGUGGCUCAGACCCGCCUUGGGAGCACAGCCCUUCAUAGACUUUCCAAGAAUAGCUCAAGCAGUUCUCAACACUCUCCCUUGUCCACAGGCAAUCCCAGAGGUGACAGGGAGAAGAAUCUAUAUUCUGGGCACAAGGUAAAAACGAAAAGCUGGCAGCAAGACAGCAGCAUGGAACAAGACCUGGAACUUGUCUCUAAGAUCCCUGCUGUGUUUGUAAGUAAAAGCAGUGGAGAACCUCAUGUCUCUCAGCCCCAGCCUAGUGAGAGUACGUCUGAGCCACACUACAGAAAAUGCACCACCAAGCUAUACAUGGGCAGACAAAAUCCAUGCUUAAAGGACAUAAGGACAAACACCACAGCAGCCUAGUAAUCAGCCUUCCAAAGCCAUAACCUUGUGGGACAAGGAAAGAGGUUCUCAUUCUACUCAUAUGUUGCUGUUCAAAGACCUUGACUCCAGUGACUCAUCUUAUUCACUGGAGUCAGCAGAGUCCCUUUAUUUUACCAGGGGGAUGCUGUCCCCCUUCCAGCAGACCUGGCAGAGAGACAGGAAAACCCCUACUGCAUCAUUUUUUCUCGCUGUUGCCUGCUCCUAUGCCAGGAGUGCCCCUGAGCUCAAUUUCCCUCUUCUUGUCAAGGGGGUACAGACCCCUCUGAUAGGGAUGUGCCCAGGGCUGUCACUGAUGAUGGAUUGCAGUGUAAGUACUCUGUAGAGUGCUGAGGGACUGAUCCCUAAACUCUGUGCUUGUCAUCACACUGCAGCGAAGCGUUUGGUGCUGCCUGACUAAAGGCAACAGGCAUCAGCAUGGCAAACCUGAGGUGGGUACCUUGACAUGUUGCUAAAGAAAAGUGCUUUCCCAAGUCACAGGCUUCACCCUCCUGGCCCUCUGGAAACUAAUACUGCAGUACGUUUCAUAGAGAAUGUGUGGGGAGAAACAAGACAUCUCUGUGUGGCACCCUUAAAACCAAAUUUCCCAUCUGCCUACACCCAGUCAGUCUUUGGAUCAUGCUGGGGGGUCCUGAGCAGAUGAUCAGGGAGUAACCUCAGAAUUUCUCUGUCCCUAUACCACUUUCCACUGUGCACUCUCAAGCACUUUUGCCAAAUCCACCAGCAUGAACUCUGUAAAGCAGUGUAGUUUGUAUAUGACUGCACCUUCUCACCAGCCUGCUGUGCCCCACAGUGCAGCUUCCUUAUCAGAAAAUCUGAUGUUCUGUAAUCUUUCCAUUUCCUGGGCUGCCAAAUCAGCAAAAGCCCACUGCCAAGCUUGGAGUCUGUACUGGCAGACAAAUCAUGCACGAGACACUGGGGCAUGUAGCCAAUGCCUAGAAUCACAGCACUGUCCUCAUGGUGACAAGCAGCGCUACAAAGCCUACGCUUUCCCCGGUCCUCUUGGCUUCCCCAGGCAGCACGCCCUGCUCCAGAUUCCUGGCUGAGCCCUGAGGCCAGGGCUGCCAGAGAACCCUGAUCUGCCUAGCAGCCAGCUACAUCAGAGCCCAGGAUACCAGCUAAUCGCAUGUCUUGAUGGGCCUUGCCACCAGCAUGUAUGUGCCUGGCACAAUUUGUCAUUUGGCAGCUACUGACCCUGUAUGGCCCAUGCCUCCCUGGCGUGGCUGUCGCCCUGACCAGCAGUGGCUGGCUUACCAGUUGCACCAUUUCUGAACAGGCCCCAGUGCUGCACACAGCUAGUGUGCAUGAACACCUAGAUGCACCAGCAGAGAAGAGCAAACAGACAAAGUUUUAAUUACUUUGCCAAAUGUUUUCCAUGAUGCAUGGACACAGCCGACUCAGUCUACCCCUUCCUCCAUACUAUUAUGCUUGCAGGGAGGGAAGGACAAGACAAAGCAUGGUACUAAGUGACUCAUGCUAAGCCUUUCUACCCCUUGCCUAGGCAUGGAGUAGCUCAAUCUGUGAGCAUCCAUCAGAAAAGGUUCAGAGCAGGCCAGGACAUCUGGGGAAAACUGCCCUCUGGGAACAGCCAGCAUAAGACUGGCAGGCCUGACUCCCAGCUCUGCUGUGCCCACUUCCCAGACCUGCCAUUGCCCGUCAUCCCACUGCUUACACUGGCUUCUGCACUGCGCAGAGGUCUGUGCAAAGCCCACUUCCCUUGGAGCUCCCAACUACUUGGCUGUAUACUUUCACAGCAGGAUGGCAUUUUGGCUAGCAUUAUUUUUGCAUAGGAUGGGCUUUUGGCCCGGACAGAGUUUCUUUGGGAGAGUUCCCUUCAGCAGAGAGAGGCACAAGGGCAUCUGCCUUAUGUUGAAAACCUCUGCGCACUCUGGAAACCGUGCCAGGAGUUGGGUCAGCUCCCUUAGGAAGCCCCCCAGCACGAUCACAUGGCCAAAACCAUGAACUUGUGAAUGCUCAUGUAGUGGUCAUUUCAGUGUAGCCCUUGCCUUCAAGGGGAAGGCAAAAUGCUGCAGCUACUGCUGGAAACACAUGGUUCUUGCAGAACUGAAACUGGAGUAAAGGAGUCCUUUUGCACAGGUGGUGCAGUAUCCAUGUGCAUGUUACCCGUAGCUUGUAGGUGUUGUGCAUGGCACCUAACACAUUAGGUGCCAUUUCCUCUCUUAGGCUCAGGAUUAGCACACCAGGAAGCUGGCAGAAGGAGGUUUUUAAGCAUCUAGCAGCUUUGCAGGUUUGGUUACACAAUCUCUGUUUCCAGGCUCUUCCUGCUCCUUCCAGUUAAAGAGGCAGCCAGGCCAUCUCCAAGGGCAGUAUUACUGGAUCCCCAUCCUGCUCUCUCAGGCUCUUGGGCACACUGACCCUAGCGCUGUUCUGAGAGAUAAAGUUCUGAGUUUUCCAGCUAAAUGUCUCCAUGGGGUGGGGAGUGACAAAGUCCUGAAAGCUGUCCUAAGCCUUGAGAGCAGCUUCGGACUCUGUUCCCUCUGUCUGGGAUGGGUGGAGGUCAGAAGGCUGGGCUGAUACAUAAGUGUAGACUGCAGAAUAGGUAUGAAAUAUGUACCUGAGAAAAGAGUUCUGUGGACCAGCCUUGGACCAGCUCCAAAGCCAAUUUCCUAGUCCCAAACUAGUCUGGGAGCACCUAGCAGGAGGCAGAAGACCAGGGACAAGCCUACAAGCCAUUGGGCUUGCAAGAACAACUUUUCCGUUGGGGUCUCCCUUUCAGGAGUGUGUUGAGCUCCGUUGUUCACCACAAAGGCAGGCAGUCUUGAAAUCCCAUUUGGGGGAGCAGAAGAAAGUUUGUUCUUUAUGAGAGCUCCGUAAUGUUAGGUCAGAUCAUGCCAUCACAGGGCCAAGGAUAAUGAAGGAGCUUUUGGGGUGAGCACAGACCAGUUUUUCUCAGGACCCUGGGAGCCCUGGCUCGGUCUGUAGAAAGGAAGUAGUUUUGCCAUAUUCCAGUUUGGAGUGGAAGGCUGUUUGCUCUGUAAGGUGCCUUAGGAAGGAUCUAGAUGAUCAAAGGCCUGGUGGCAGGUCAUUGUUCUUUGGCACCUCAGCCCUAGCUUCUGUCAGAAAGAGCUAAAGAGGAUGUACCUUGGAAGACAGUAGCUUUCUCAGCUCUUUUGAGAGAGAAAGGACGAUUAACACUUAACACUUGUCUUCGCCUCCUGACUCAACAGCCUUGAGCCCCCAAGUUCCUUCCUCUCCCCUGCACCACAGUCAAGUGCUAUCCUCUGCUUUGUUCUCAUAGACUGCACCUUGCCUGGGGAGCUGCUUAGUUUUAUUGAUACUGCAUGCAUAGGUAUUCCAGAAGAAGAGAACACCCAGGCUUUGUAUCGGACAUCACUGAGAUGAUGUGGAAGCCAAUGGAAUAUGUUGAUGUGUCCUGGUCUGGCAUUUGGGGAUGAAGAGAAGGUCUGCUCUGCUUGGUGUGGGCAAAAAGGGUAAAGUCUGUGGGGAUGAUCUGGCCUCAUUGACCUUUGGCCAAGGAUUGUCAAGGAACAGUGUGAAGGGCUGGUGUUGUAGAGGUUCAGCCCCUGGUCAGACUCUGCCCUCUUUUGCCCUGUCUUUUGCCAUGAGGUGCUGGUAGGUAAUGGUAGAAGCCAAGCAGUACAGCUUAUGGAAAGCCACAUGGUGUGGGUGUUGUGUGUGGCACAAACAAGGCAAGCAUUAGAAUGACUUUGCUGGACCUGAAGGAUUUAUGGGGCAGAAGUGACACCCAAGAAUGUCCUAUUGGUGUACAGUGCAGAUGUAACUAAGUGUCCUCAAGGCCAGCUGUGUGGCCCUUAGACAGUACCCUCGAGGCCAAGCUCUCCCCAGGGAAGUCCUUGGGAACUGUCUGACAAAGCAGUAUAGAUAUGUUCACUGGCCUCAGAUUUCUUUAAAGGGCUUUCCUACCAUUCUUUUCUGUUGCCUGAUUUUUUACUCUUGAAGGAGCUGGGAUGAGGAGCCGAGAUGAGGAGCCUUGACUUUUCAUUGAAUUAUAUGAGCCAUUGGUCAGCAAAAAUGAAGUCUCCUGUAGCUGUUGAAGUCAGCAUGUUUAAAUUUCCAGGAGGGGAUGCCACAGUUCACGUUCAGACUGCAACUUGCCUUGCUACCAUAGCCAGUUGUAUCUGCUGGCAGUGCAACCCUUUGGAAAUGCUGGUGUGUGGGGGAGCAAUGCCUGUGGAUCAGCACACAUUGCACUACUUAUCUGCAGGCACCAUGACAUCUUCUCACUACGGGAUCCCAGUUAGACAACAUGCUUCCUAUUGUUUCUCCUCGUGUCUGCUGUCAUCCAAGAGAACUGUAAGCUAAUGCUGGGCUCAGGAUGUUCAAAGGCCAGCAGUCCCUCCACCCAGAAAGCAUUGGUAAUUUCUCUCCAGCAGGUGCCCCUGAGCAGACCUCAUGUGUUUUCUUAUCCUUUGUCCAUGCAGAAGCAGUCCUGAAGUCAUGUAUGGAGCUCUUUAUUAGCUCUGUCCACAAUAAAAUUUUCUACGCCCUUUGCUAAAUAAUUUGCUCCUUUUUUUUGCAGUAGUUCAUUUAUCUGCCCAGCUGAUGGCUUCUAGAGUGUUUGGGGCAAGUGAAGCUCUCCCUGCACUUCUGAUAUCCCAGCUUGAGUUUGCAUCUUAACGUGCAUGUAGGUGACAGUGGUCCCUUCUCUGUAGGGCUCUGUCGACAUUAGAGAGGGUUGCCUUUCCUGAUGAGUAGGGAAUCAGCCACCUUUGCCAGGAGGCAUGUAACUGCAGCCUGGUUUCUGUGCUGUGGCAGGAGAAGUACCACAGGGAGGAGGCCAGUCAGGCUGCACAUCUGCUGCAGGAAGGUUGCUGUGUCCUUUGGGGGCAAGUGGAACUGUAAUCCUGGCCUGAAGGAGUCUCUUGGAUGUUCAGAGAAAGGUUUGGGAUGUCCCAGGGUGGCAGCUUAUGAGUACAGUAGGAAAGGGAGUGCAUGUCCUGCACUGCUAGCAGUUUGCUGACGGGAUUCUCUCCAGGAGUGUGGGGCUCACCCUCAGGUUCAGCAUUUAGUUUCCUUUCUCUUUCCACCUUGUACUCAGCUGCCACAAGGAAUCUGUCAGAUUGAGAAUGCACCUUAAGCCCCAGCUUCUCCUGCCGUGCACACAGACGCAUACCUGAGCAGGAUCUCUUCCUCCAGAGCUGCUGACAGCCACUGCAGAGCCCCUUGUGCUCCCCGGCAGCGCAGGUUCUGCAGACAUCCCCGCAGGAGAGGGAGCCCAUGCAUUUCAUUGGAGGCGAAGGAGGUGCCCACAGGAGGCACUGGUGGCCAUGAUCUAGGAGUUUUGCUGGGUAGUGAAGACAUCCUUCUGCUGCCUUCAGCUGUGACAUGAAACCUCCCUGCUAGCUUGCUCCACUACAUCAAAUGCUGGAGAGGACAACAAAUAAAGGCUGAAAAAUA